GGGGACCUAACUUAUUUCCGCUUCCUGAACGAUUUGGCGUCAAGGCUCCAAGAUGGCAGCUUUGGGGAUAUUGCUACGAAAAGCUGGACCUAAAGCCGCGUCGCUUUUGCAAAAAACAGCUUUCCGAAAUGGAGCACCUCUCUAUUUCGCAAGCAAAGGAGCCAAGACAUGGAUACCUGACAAAGAUUACUUCGACCAGUUCAACAGCCCUUGCAUGUAUCCUGACAGCCUCACCUCCAACUGGAAACUCCCAGCUGUAAAUGAAAAAUCCGAGGUUCAUGAGAAGCAGGUACAGAACUUGACACUGAACUUUGGACCUCAGCACCCAGCAGCUCACGGUGUGCUACGACUAGUGCUGACACUUGAUGGGGAGACGGUGGUUCGAGCAGAUCCCCACAUCGGCCUGCUGCACAGGGGAACAGAGAAGCUGAUCGAGUACAAGACCUAUCUACAGGCUCUUCCGUAUUUUGACCGGCUGGACUAUGUGUCGAUGAUGUGUAACGAGCAGUGUUACUCCCUGGCAGUGGAGAAACUCCUCAACAUUGAGGUGCCAGAGAGAGCCAAGUGGAUCAGAACUUUAUUUGGUGAGAUCACCCGUCUGCUGAAUCACAUGAUGGCUAUAGGGACCCAUGCCCUUGAUGUGGGAGCCAUGACACCCUUCUUCUGGCUGUUUGAGGAAAGAGAGAAGCUGAUGGAGUUUUACGAGCGAGUAUCAGGAGCCCGUAUGCACGCUGCGUACGUCCGACCAGGAGGUGUAUCGUUGGACAUGCCACUGGGACUGAUGGAUGACAUCUUUGAGUUCAUUGAGAAGUUUGGGCAGCGGAUUGAUGAGGUGGAUGACCUACUGACAUUGAACAGGAUCUGGAAGGCCCGCACUGUCGACAUAGGGAUCAUUUCUGCUGAAGAUGCCCUCAAUUAUGGAUUCAGUGGGGUAAUGCUACGUGGAUCAGGCAUCAAGUGGGAUCUGAGGAAGACACAGCCAUAUGAUGCCUAUGACAAGGUGGACUUUGACGUCCCUAUUGGACGUAUUGGAGACUGCUACGACAGAUACCUGAUCCGUAUGGAGGAGAUGAGACAGUCACUGAGGAUCAUCCACCAGUGUCUCAACAAGAUGCCACCAGGUGAAGUGCGUGUUGAUGACAACAAGAUUUCUCCUCCUAAACGGGCAGAGAUGAAGGAGUCUAUGGAGUCAUUGAUCCAUCACUUCAAGCUGUACUCUGAGGGCUACCAGGUUCCUCCAGGCUCUACCUACACAGCCAUUGAGGCACCCAAGGGCGAGUUUGGAGUUUACCUUGUGUCUGAUGGCACCAACAGGCCAUACAGAUGCAAGAUCAAAGCUCCAGGAUUUGCUCAUCUGGCUGGUUUGGACAAGAUGUCAAGGAAGCACAUGUUGGCCGAUGUUGUUGCUAUAAUAGGAACCCUGGAUGUUGUGUUUGGUGAAGUAGACCGAUAGAGCAGAGGAUGGCACCUUGAGACAAGUAUGUGAAUACUAGCUGUUGUGACGCAGACCAAUGAACACAGGAGGGAGAGCAACUAUGUGAAGGAAUAUUUAUUGUACAUACAGUGUGUUGAAGCACCCCCAGUCUCAGCAGUACAUUGCUACAGCAGUCUGUCAUUGGUAAUUGUUUUGUACAUAAAGGCCAUAUUUGUGAAACAUUUCGUGAAUGUUAUGAUUUGAUGGCAUUAAAACUUAACAACAAGGACA